AUGACCGGGAGCAGGGAGAUCAGUUUCCUUGGGACCUGCGGGGAGGCGCUGGGUGAGACACUCCUGCAGGAGGAGAAGGAGCAGAAAAUUAGCAAACACAGAAGUGCCAGGCACUCCUUCGGUGGCCCGAGAAGCGUGGAUGGCUGGUGGGACUGGCGCCCGACCACGAUGCUGGAAGGCCUGUACCAGGGAGGCCUCUCCACAGCCAGCAUGCCGGGUGCUCAGCCACACCAGCUUCUCCAGACCCCUUGUUUGCCAGGCCAGAGCUGGACGCAGGGGCAUGGCUGGGCCAUAGGAGCUCGUAGGCCCAUGGGGAUGGAAGGCUGGUUCAGUAAGCAAAGUGCUGUGACAACGGAGGCACAGGGACACCUCUGGAGCGAGAAGGAGCAAAAGCUAAGAUGGGACCAUCCGGAAGCCGCCAGGCAAGGCUUGUCCUGCCCUUCUGAAGCAAGGUUACCAGUGAAUGUGCAUUUUGAGUCGCCUGCUGCACGUGCAGCCCUGACCGGCCCCAGGGCCAGUGGUUGGAUUGACCAGAGCCCCAGGGCUGUGUCCAUGCACUUUACCCUCUACAGCCCUCCAACCCAGCUCUUCUCAAGCGUGUCCCUGAGCGCUGAGAUGCUCCCCACUGGGGGUCUCACCCUCUCCUCCCUGCUGGAGUCAGUCACCAUCCUCUGCAGGGACUCAGCCCCACUGUACCACCUCCUGCUUCCAGAGCUGGUCUUCCUGGUGCUCAGCCUGACUCACCUCUGUUUCCACUUCUAUGGCAUGAUCGGGAUUUUGCUCUCCAGGUCGUGCAGGUAUCACAGCGAGCCCUUCCUUCCUCGGGAGCCCAUCUGGUAG